UGUGACACCAUUAUGGAAGAAUAUGAUCUUUCAUUCUAGUCUGUUUUUCACCAUGUGGAGAUGGAAUACUUAAGCUGUGAUUGAAGUUUCACUAUGAUUUGGUUUUGGCUGAAUCCUAAAAAAAAAAAGGUAUGAAUGUUCAAUCAAGAAUGACAAUCAGAUGGAGUGUUCACUUUGCCAGGCACAUCCUGCAGCCCUGUGUGGUCGGCGUUUGCAGGGUGCCAGCUGUCACAGGCCACCAAGUCCUUGAUUUGAGCAAAAAAGAACUCAACAUUACUUUUGUGGAAACGGAUUUCUGAAACUUAGUACUGCUGGAAGGCACAUGAGCUGCCCAGCUCUCACAGGAAUCUGUGACCCCUCCUCUUGGCUCUGUGCCACAGGAACUCAUUGUCUCACUUGCUGCCCCUCGAGGAACCGACAGACCAAAGCCACGGCUGCCUUAGGAACCAAAGACUCAUUUUGGCAGACUUGCAGGAAAGAUGAAUAUGGAUUACUGACCUCUCGUUGCUGUGGAGAGCUGGGGAAGGAAUGAUUGAUUAUCUGCUGCAUUAGCAGCGGGAGAGAGACUGCAGGUCACCCUUUAGCUAAGUGGUAUUGUUUAGCUCUUAGAAAAAAAGGCCAGAUAUGUGCAUUUUUGUGCAUCUCUUUAAAUAAACAUUAGCAAAGAGGGGCUGUAGAUGUUCAUACAGGCUGGUCUGUCAUAGGGACACACUGUAUGGAACAUGAUGGUGUUCUGUCAUUUAUUCCCAUCACAAGGAUGUGACCACAGCUUGAUUUGGAAGGCAGUCAGCCCAGCAGUUUGUCACUGUGCCUUCAGGACUCCUUGCCGGUAGCAAGCCAGCUGUCAAGGAAAAGAUGACCCCAGCGACUCGACAAAAAGUUCUCGGCCUUUACCGCAAGAUAUUCCAAAUAGCCAAAAAAUGGCAAUCGGCAUCAGGACAGACAGAGGAGACUAUGAAAGAGAAAGAGUACAUUAAAAAUGAGGCCAGAACAUUAUUCCGAAAAAACAAACAUGUAACAGAUCCAAAGCUGAUUGAGCAGUGCAUAGAAGAAUGUGAGGCAAGAAUAGAAAUUGGACUUCACUAUAACAUCCCCUACCCGAGACCUAUCCAUCUGCCUCCUAUGGGUCUCGCCCACAAACAAGGUCGUACGUUGCGACACCAGGAAAAGUUGAGGAAGAUUUCUAAGCCAAUCUACCUGAAAUCCCAUGAUGAAGUUUCAUAACCCACCACUUGAGCUGUGAUGUGUAAUCACAUCCUUGAAGCUGUGACCUGCAGUCCCGGUGAUCUGUGUGCACAACUGUGAAUUGAGGUGUUCUGGCCACUUGCUCACACAUUUCCCUGAGGCCAAAAAGCCAAUUGAGACAUUGCAUAUGAUGGAUAAGGUUGUUCUAUUAUUUAUUUAUAUAACUUUUUAACCACUGACUCGUCAAUAGAAGUAACACUCUUCAAGGAGUGAGGUGUGAUACAAAGAUUACUUUGACAGGACAAAUUACAGCAGCUUCUCAAACUAUUAAUCUAUAGCAGAGUUCUCUGGUGGUUUGAGGAUUCCUUGUGCUCAGCUGUGACUCAAAGCUGUGCCUUGUGCAAGGGUCAGACAAAAUUAAGGAAGUCCAGGAGAAUCAAGCAGAUGCAGUGCCUCCAGACCUUCUGAAUGCAAGUGGGAAUACAGUGACUGCAUCAGGCAGCUGCUUUCCUCCCUCUCUUGUCCCUGCUCUGCCUGUUGUCCCUGGGGAAAUAUUCCAGUUCCGUAGUACCCCUGUGAACUUCUGUUUCUGAACGGGCAGUAGCAAAGACACAACUGAAGUGCCACUUCUCCUUCUUUUUCCUUUUUGCAAACUGCAGAGGGAUGGCCUGGAGCCUCCAAGUCAGCUAUUUCCCCCCUUCCUUUGGAGAGGGUGUGGAUGUGAAAUGCAAAGUUUGGAAUGCCAUGACACAACUCUUGAGUAAAACAUUCCAGUGUUGAGUUCCUCAGGUUGCCAUGUAUGGACUGACUGAAAACUCUCCCUUCAGAGUAUCACUAUGGGAACAAGCUUAGGAUGCUCUGGUGUCCUCCCUGUGUGUUUUCACAUGGUCAGUCUUGCAGCAUAAUCACCAUGGGGACUUUCUCAACAAUUAUUUUAACUUUAGGGUGAGGAUUUAAGUCUUAGAUUAUGGAUAGAACCCCCACUUUAGUAAAAGAAAGUAUCUACAAUUCUCCAAAGAUUGAAGGUAAUUCUGUCUCACAGGUGCCUCAUGAAUGGAAUUAAAAUGAAAUUAAUUUUCCUCUCACUGGCCAUCAAUUAUUUUGCAUCAUUUUCAGUCCUCUGACUUUACCAGGCUGUUCUUCAGGGAAGUUGAGGGAGCUUCUCAUCCCUCAGGCUGGACGUGCCAGUGAGACCAAGCUGUGGACAAGAGCCACACUGUACUGGACACUACCUAAGCACAGUCCACAGAGCUUUAAGAAAAACCUAUUCCAGCACAAAGUUAAUAGUGGCAAAAAAAAAAAGCAAAUUUAAAAAAUGCAAUGUGUAUGAUUUCCUAUUAAAGUGGGAAAUCAGUGAAAUCUCCUCUUCUGAGGCCUCCAACUCAUCCUAAACUCUCCAAGUUCUAAUAGACAAUGACAAAGAAAUAUUCUUUUCGAUCUGAAAAGUAAGUUAGAACUGGUCAUGUGCAGAACAGGCUGACAGUCCCUCCCCCAGGAAUGCAUUCCUAAGAGUGAAAAAAGUACAAGUGGAUGAGAAAGUACAAGGAAACAAUAAGAGGAGUGAAUCAGCGUGACAGGUACUGGCUGGCCCAAUUUCUCACUGCCCUUCAUGGCUCCAGUCCACAAAGGUAUCUAUUUCCAUAUAAUUAUUUCCUGGGAAUGCCACAUGUGGGAAGUAAUAGGUAAAAUGCCAUUGUUCUGCCUGUCAGUGGGAUCUUUGCAAAUGUAGUGCUGUCAGGAAGACACAAAAGUCCUUUAGCUGAGGAAAAGGGGGAUGGAAUAAAGAGAGUAAAGAAAUAACACGAUUAUACACACUGCUUAAUCCUUCACUGAAAGAAGUCCAAAUACAGUCUUUUCCUACCCUCACUCUGAUACACCAGUGUAGGCAUGUGUCAACUGAGCCAAAUCAAAAUGUGCAGAGGUUUGAAUGGAAGCCUAAACUCCCUUUUUGCCAUUAAACUAUCAUCUGAAUCUUUUGAAUUUUGUUAAAAUUCAUGUGGCUAAUGAAGGUGCUGAUGCUGUGACACAUCCAGUGAAUAAAGAGGUUUGUAAAUGAGCAGUCUGAA